AUGUCGAAUCCGGAAAAUCCCAUUCGCUUCUUCGAUAUAGCAUCGGGGCCCCCAAGGCGAACUUACGCCCCGAAUCCGUGGAAAACACGAUACGCUCUCAACGCCAAACAGCUCGCCUACAAAACCGAAUGGGUCGAGCUCCCCGACGUGAAAAAAGUCCGUCAACAACACAAUGUCGCGCCGGUGCGCAAAAUGCCAGAUGGCAGCGACUUCUACACACUACCCAUGAUCCACGACGGCGCUACGGAUACCUACAUUGGCGACUCCUUUGACAUUGCCGUCUACCUCGACACGCAGUACCCAGAUCAUGGCCUGCGCCUGUUUCCACCGGCAAGUAUAGGCGUGCACCGCGUCUUCAACGCCCACGUCGACGCCCUCUUUACUCGGCACAUCAAGAUUGCGUCUGCGGGCCUCCCGCUCAACCCGGAGACCGCGGAGCUCACAAAGUCUGAUUUUGCGAGCCGGUUUGGGCUCGGGAGCUGGGAGGACUUGGUGGUGCGGGGGGAGGAGCGGGAGAAGAUUUUGCAGGCGUUUGAGGCGGACAUGGGGGAGUUUGCGACGCUGUAUCGGUAUGAUGACGAGGGGCCGUUUUUGGAGGGGCGGACGGUGUCGUAUGCGGAUAUGGUGGUGGGUGGGUGGUUGGGGAUGCUCAAGGAGACGCUGCCGGAGUGGGGGCGAGUGUGUGAGUGGCAGGGUGGGCGGUGGAAGCGUCUUCAUGAGGCGUUGGCUCCGUGGGCAGAGAUCAAGUGA